AUGGCUACAGAGCAGUCAGCUACGCAGCAAAACGCUGAGGAGAGCCCUUUGCUCCUCGUUAGCGCUGGAUACAUCAACACCGAGUGGCCAGCGCCUGGCCUGCGUCGAAACGUGCGGCACAUCACCGGCCACAACGAAGAUGGCAAGGCAGUCUUCCUCGCCACGGACUGUGGCGACCAUCACACCAUGAUAGGCAACCAGCAGGCUCUUGCCAACAUUAUCUACUCUACCAAGGAGACCCCUGUCGACCUCGGCGGAGACGCCGACCUAAAGUACGCCAAGGAGAACAUUGUGAGAAGAAUCCUUCCUACCACAGGCUCUCUGAGAACCUCAUUCACUAACAUUAUCCUCCCAUUGCUCCAGCCCCCCCUGCACUACCACAACGGGUCAGUCGUCCGCAUGAUCGACUUUGCUCCUAACGUGGUAUCGCCCAUGCACCGCGCCGUCUCGCUCGACUACGGAAUUGUCGUCGAGGGUGAGUUCAAGUUGAUUCUGGACUCGGGUGAGGAGAAGGUGAUGCGUCAGGGCGACGUGAGCGUGCAGCGCGCGACAGCACACCAGUGGCACAAUAUUACUGCCAAUGGAACAGCGCCAGGACGCAUGAUGUGGGUUCUGCUCGACUGCAAGCCGGUCGAGAUCAAGGGUAAAAAGCUCGAGGAGUAUUUGGGAGAGCUUACCCCGUACUACCAGGAUCGCUGA